AUCAACCUCAUCAAUCGCAAAUCACUUUCACUUCCCUUGGAUAGAUCGCCUAAUUGAUCGACUUAGGGUUCCAAAUUUGAUAGCUGAUACUCUGCUGUUCUUGAUUUUGGGUAGUUCAGGACGUUGGAUUUGUGAUCCUCUAUAUUUGGAUUCAUAUUCCAAUUUUUGUUCGAUUUGUGUAAGUUGAUUUGAAUUCUGUUUUCGGGGGAGAAGAUGGGAAGUCCGGACACGAAUCAAAAGAAAGGGGGGUUCUUCGCGGCCAUGACGUCGGGCUUGUCGAUGUUCAGCAACGCCAUGCAUAGAUCUGUCAACGGAUUGCUUGGCUAUGAAGGGGUGGAAGUUAUAAAUCCUGAAGGAGGGAAAGAAGAUGCCGAAGAGGAAGCACAGAGAGGGAGAUGGAAGCAGGAGGAACGAGAUAGUUACUGGAAGAUGAUGCAAAAAUAUAUUGGUUCUGAUGUAACAUCAAUGGUUACUCUCCCUGUCCUCAUAUUUGAACCAAUGACAAUGCUUCAGAAAAUGGCAGAGUUAAUGGAAUACUCAUACCUCUUAGAUCAAGCAGAUAAAUGUGAAGAUCCCUACAUGCGGAUGGUGUAUGCUUCAUCAUGGGCGGUAUCAGUUUAUUUUGCUUACCAACGUACUUGGAAGCCUUUCAAUCCAAUUCUUGGUGAGACUUAUGAAAUGGUUAACCAUGGUGGGAUUACAUUCAUCUCAGAGCAGGUCAGCCAUCAUCCUCCAAUGAGUGCUGGUCAUGCUGAAAAUGAGCAUUUCACUUAUGACGUGACAUCUAAGUUGAGAACUAAAUUUUUAGGCAACUCCCUUGAUGUCUAUCCUGUUGGAAGAACACGGGUCACUCUUAAAAGAGAUGGCGUUGUCCUGGAUUUGGUUCCUCCUCCUACCAAAGUUAACAAUUUAAUUUUCGGGCGAACCUGGGUGGAUUCACCAGGAGAAAUGAUCAUGACAAAUAUGACUACAGGGGACAAAGUUGUUCUCUAUUUUCAGCCUUGUGGUUGGUUUGGUGCUAAUAGAUAUGAGGUAGAUGGAUAUGUGUAUAAUGCUAAUGAGGAACCUAAAAUAUUGAUGACGGGGAAAUGGAGUGAAACCAUGAGUUAUCAACCAUGUGAUUUGGAAGGGGAACCUCUUCCUGGCACAGAACUGAAAGAGGUUUGGCGUGUUGCAACGGCUCCGCCAAAUGACAAAUUUCAGUUCACCUACUUUGCACAUAAAUUAAACAGCUUUGACACUGCUCCCCAAAAGUUGUUGCCAUCAGAUUCUCGUUUACGUCCUGAUAGAUGGGCACUUGAGAAAGGUGACCUCUCCAAGGCUGGUGCUGCAAAGAGCAGUUUGGAGGAGAGACAGAGAGCUGAAAAGAGAAACAGAGAAGCAAAAGGUGAUCAGUUCAACCCAAAAUGGUUUGACCAAACCGAUGAAGUUGUACCUACCCCAUGGGGCGACUUGGAACUUUAUCGUUACAAUGGAAAGUACACGGAGCAUCGGAAUAGCAUUGACACUUCAGAUGCUGUCGACACGGGUGAUGUCCAGUCAAUAGAAUUUUGUCCAUGGCAGUAUGCUAAUUUGUCCGAAUGAGGUAUUACUUUUAUACAUGUUGCAAGUUGUUUCUUACUGUUGCUGGACAACAUUUUGGGGUGAUGUAGAAUUAUUAGCUGUUUGUGGGCAUGUGUACGUUGUAAUCCAAUUUCGUGAUCUUAUCUAUAUCCAUAUUACUGUAGAUUGAAGAUGAGUGAAUAUUUUUAGUAAUGGCCAGUGCCCAGUAGUUUUAGCCUGGCGUUGAACUAUGAAAAGUUUAUAAAGUGUGAAAUUGCUUUCAA